AUGUAAAUUCUAAAAAAACUAGAUUUAUUUGGUUCUCCAUUCUAUUUUGAAAUGGGAACUGGAAAUGAUAAAAUGAAGACUAGCUUUGGUGGAUUACUAACUUUAGUAAUUGCAUGUAUAUCUCUAUCAUAUUUUGGUUAUCUCAAUUAUAUGUAUUCGUCAGGUAAUAUACAACCAAAAAUAUUUGCUCAACAAAAAAAACUCACAAAAAACUUUAGUCUACCUAUUUAAUCUCUAUAAAUUUCAUUUGAUGUAAGGAAUUUAGAUACAGAUGAAGCUUUAAUGAAGAAGUAGCAAUAAUUAGGUUAACAAUUAAUUACAUACAAAGCCUACCUCUAGUAAAGUGAUUCAUAAGGAAAUAGGAUUGAUGAUAUAUAAAUUCCUACUGACUUCUGUUAGAACUUAACUAAUAAUGAUUAAAUGGAUCCUACAGCUUAAUGUCUGGAUUUUUCAAUUUUGAAAAAAGAUUAAGCUAUAUUAUAAGUAUUCGCUACUUAUGGAUUUGAUACAAAGAUAUAUAUAGAGAUAGAUGCUGUUUGUAAUGAAGAUAUUUAAACUUGCUUGUAUUCUGAUAUUUUUGAUUAGUAUAUUUUUGGCGACGAAUCUUCUUUUGUAAUGUCAGUUAGAGAAGAAGAAUUUAACUCCGAAUAAAAUUAGUUAGAUAGCAAAAUUGUAGAUCUUUCCUGGGAUUUAGAUCCUUCUUUAAUAACAACAUCUAAAAUUAUUCUUUAAUCAUCAUAAACAACUAUAACAAGUGGAUUUAUUUUAUAAUAAUAAACCAAAUAUAUUCAUUUAUCAGAUGCAAGUAGUACCGACUCUUACAAAGCAAGAGAUAGUACUUCCAAUUCUACCAAAAAAACGAUAGCUAGAUAUUUUAUUUCUCUUGGCUCCACCUAAUAUAUAUAAACUGUGCAAUAUGCUUAAUAUCCUGAAAUUUUGGCAUAAUUUGCUAGUAUUCUAAACGUGCUUCUUUUAUUUGGAGUUUUAGGUGCAAUUAUCGCUAAAACUGAUAUUUAUUAAUACUUCAUAGACUUUAAAUUGAAAGAGUAUUACAAAUUAACAGCUUUCAAAAUUCUAAAGCAGUAAAAUGAGGGUUUAGAUCAAGGUGAAAUUGAAUCGAAAGAAAAUAGUAUGCAUGAUCUGAGGUUGACAAAAGAUAAAAUUGUUAAAUCUUUAAAAGAACUCAAUGAAAAAGAUUUAAAUUAAGAAUUAAUAAAAAAGUUCAAAGUUUCAUUUUUAGAGAGAGCUUUUAGAUCAUUUGUAGGUGUAGAGAAAGAAGAUUAUAUGAAGAAAAAAAGAAGUAAUAGAGAUUUAUACGAAGCUCUAUUUUUCUAAGCUUCUCAAUCUCAAGAUGUUUUUGAAUUAUAAGCAGAGCUUAUGAGAAUAAGAAAAACGUUAGCACUUAUCUUAACACCUUAAUAGUAUGCAGCAAUAAAGUGCUGUGGAACUUGUUUGAGCGAUUAAAUUCCUUUUUUAAUUGAAAAAAAUAAUAUUAAUCAAAAUUAGAACAAGAUUUUACCUACAACUGAUAAAAAUGCUUCAAAUUAAUUAGGUGAAAUAGGGUCUGAUAUAUAAUUUAUUAAUGAAAAAAAUUAUUCUCAUAUAGAGUUAAUAGAUAAAAUAGAUUAUGAUGAGUAAUAUUUUGAAGCAUAAUUAGAUAAUUUUUUAUAAGAAUCUGAAAAAGGAUUUAUUAAUUAUGAUGAGUCUGCAAAAAGAAUGAAUAUGCGAUUAUUAGAUUGUUUAAAUAGAACAUAUGGAAAAUAAGAAAAAUUAUAAUUUUAAUGA